CCGCCUUUCCCCUGAUAAGUCACUGCCUGGCUCAUUCCUGUGUCACUCAAAGGGCAUUCUGAUACCGGAUUGGUUGUCGUGCCUCGGCGGCGCAUCUUUCCCUCCCGCUCACCAAUAGGCGCACGCACGGGUUGGGCUGCUCGGUUGCGGUAGGGCGGAGGUCGCGGACGCGUGGGAGCUCUGCAGCGUGUCGUGGCAUUUAUGGGGAGCGUACGCUGGGCCUUUCCGUACGCUGCGUGGCGCCCCUGCCGCCAAGAGUGGCUGCUGGCGGCGCGGCUGGUGCAGCCCGAGGAGAAGGAACGCAUCGGCCGUUUUGUUUUUGCCCGCGAUGCCAAAGCUGCCCUGGCUGGCCGCCUGCUGAUGCGGAAAUUAAUUGCAGAAAAGUUGUGCAUACCUUGGAACGAGAUACACUUACAAAGGACACCCAAAGGAAAACCUUUUCUGGCAAAUGACAUAGUCAAUAUCUGUCCUAAUUACAACUUCAAUGUCUCUCAUCAAGGAGAUUAUGCAGUUCUUGCAGCUGAACCUGAGCUUCAAGUUGGCAUUGAUAUUAUGAAGACUAAUUUACCAGGCAGUAGCUCAAUUCCAAAUUUCUUUCGCAUUAUGAAGCGGCAGUUCACUGAAACAGAGUGGGAUGUAAUCAAGUCUGUGGGUAAUGAAUGGAUGCAGCUGGACAUGUUUCAUCGCCACUGGGCCUUGAAAGAAAGCUUCUUAAAGGCCAUUGGGGUUGGAAUUGGCUUUAAUUUGCAAAGAAUUGAAUUUCAUGUGUCCCCGUUGCAACUGGAAAUAGGGAAGGUGUACAAGGAGACCAAAAUGCUUCUGGAUGGAGAUAAAGAAGAAGAGUGGACGUUUGAGGAAACCCGAUUAGAUGACCAUCAUCAUGUUGCAGUGGCUCUUGGGAAGCAGGAAGGAUUUGGACAGAAGCAUUCUUAUGUAUGUUCCAUGCAGCCUAACCAUCCACAGUUUACACUAUUGACUUUUGAAGACUUGGUUGCAUCUGGUAUUCCAAUUGCACCUGAGGAUUCUACAGAUUGGGAUAUUUUUUGUUUUAAGCAGGAGUGUCCAUUGCAACAGAAUUCACAUUCGAGAUCAAAGUGCUUAUAAGAAAAUUAUCACUGUUACUCUGUGUAAUUCAGAGUAUGGGAAUAAGUACAUGUGUAAGUUGAACAUUUUUUUCCUUAUUUAAUAAUCUGAUUUUCACCUUUUUAAAAUUGACUUUUUUAUCAGUGUCUUAAGGAAGAUGCAUAUUUCUUCACUGCAGGAAUUCUCAGUGAAAAGUCUAAUCUGGACUCAUGCUUUUUUCUUCUUCAUGCCUGUGGUUCUUACAGUUUAAUAAUUGCCCAUAGUAGGAACAGGGAGCACUGCUACAAUAAUACUGUUGAUUAGUCAACAAGCGUUUAAUGUAAAAAAAUCUGUUUCCAUACUUCAUUUAUGCUGAAACUUAAAUUAUGAAACUGCCUUUUCUCUUACAAAAAUAAUAGUUCAAUUUUCAGAUGGAUGAAGGAAGCCAGGAUAAUUAGUAUAAAUCCUUUUGCUGUUACUAUAUGAUGCAAGUGUUUGUAAAAUACUUUGUGUAAUAGCAAGCUGAAGACAUCUGAAUCUUAGUAGUCUUGGAACUAUGUCUUUGUAAAACUAGUUGAGGCAGGGAAUUAACUUAUGACUAUUCCAAAUCACAGAAUUAUUUGGUGGAAAAGACCUCUAAGAUCACUGUGUCAAACUGUCAACCUAACACUACCAUGGCCAUGAAACUGUGUCCUGAAGUGCCAUGUCUGCACGUUCUUUCAACGCUUCUAGGAGCAGUGACUCCACCACCUCCUCUUUGGCAGCCUAUUCCAAUGGCUGACCACUAUUUCCAUAAAGAAAUGUUUCCUAAUAUUCAGUCUAAAGCUCACCUGGAUUGAUUGCACACCACUUUUUCUUCUUCUGUCUGGUAUUAGGGAGAAAAGGCCAACGCACCCCUUGGUACUACCUCUUUUUAGGUAGCUUUAGAGAGCAAUGAAGUCUCCUUGUCUUUUCCAGACUAAACAUUCCCAGUUCCCUCAUAAGACUUGUUCUCUAGACCCUUCAUCAUCUUUAUUGCUCUUGUCUGGACCUGGGCAUGCUCCAGUGCCUCACUGUCCUUCUUGUAGCGAGGGGCCAAAAAGAACACAGUAUUUGAGUGCAGCCUCUUCAGAGCCAAGUGCAGGGGCAUGGUCCCUACUACUACUGGCCAUGUGUCAGGAUGCUGUUGCCCUUCUUGGCCACCUGAGUACGCUGCUGGCUCAUUCACAUGGCUGUCAUUUCCCAUUUUCAUAGGAGGAGCUUCCCAGCUGCUCUGCCCCAAGCCUGCAACAUUGCCUUUUUACUUACAGUUUGUGUUAAAGCUUCCUCUGUGUAACUUAGGAUUUGAUUUUUGCAGUUCUGUCGCUGAGGGGAAAAGUACAAAAAUACAAGAGUCAAGCAGCAGUUCAGAUUUCCUAGUCUUGCAUUUACAUCUGUACUCUCCUAGACCAAGGCAUGGUGGGGACAGGGAGGGGAAACAAACCAAAGCAAAAAGAGCCCCUAUUUAUGUAUUUUCAAGUACAUAAUAUCUGCAUAUUCUGUAUUAUUGUCUUGCAGAUCUCCAGAUAUUUUAAUUCACUUUAGAUCUUGAGUGCACUUUCAGAAUGUUUCAUAUUCCUUUUUAAAACAAAUCCUAUUUCAUACCAUCAAUCUUUUGCUUUUCUUUCAAGAAGUCAUAGGUACAUUAUGGUCUGUUUAUAUGUAAGGAAACAUAGUGAAAAGAGUGAAUCAUGCUUAACAGGAUAAUUUUCACACCUGCAUAUAAACAGAUCUUCAAUGAAAUUGCAUCUGUGUGUACAGCUUGCCUGCACCCUAUAUUCUUACUAAAAGAGAAUUUGUGUGUAGUGUAACCAUUGAAGCCAGGAGUUACUGCAGAGAUAAAGAAAGGCGGCUAUGGGAUUUACAAUAUUAUACAAGCUUUUGGAGUUUUGCUGUAGAUAAUGCUGAAUUCAAAUAUGCUGCUGAACUUGCCUGCUUCUGCCUAUUUCUGUUUCUAUUUCAGUGCCUCUCUCAUCUUGCAUACUAAUUGUAGAAGUUAGUAAUUUGCAUUUUUCUUGCAAAACUGGAAAUUAGUAAAGCAGUGACCCUUCUUGCCAGAUUCCACAGGAGUUAAAUUAGAUGCUCAGUAAAUUCAAACUUCAAAGUUAACAGAGAUAUCAAGUAAUUAAUAUACUAAUUGUAAGCCAAA